CUUACUAUCUUUCCCAAUUUUUAUAUAUUCUCCUCAAAACAGAAAGACCAUCAACUCCCAGUAUUCUCUCGUAGAAAAGAAUGGCCGUUGUUGAUGAAAAGGCGCAACCAGAGACGGUAGAUCAACAAAACCCCGAGGUGGUAGAUCAACAACCGGAAAUGACUGAUAGAUCUGCGAAAGAAAAUCUAAAGUAUUUAGCUUUCAUCCAUAUAGCAACUGUUCAAGCCGUUGUUUUGCUCUCUAAAAUCUACAAAUUCGCUAAAGAAAAUUCCGGUCCACUCAAACCUGGUGUCAAAUCUGUUGAAGGCACUGUCCAAACCGUUGUAGCUCCUGUUUAUCACCAAUUCAAAGAUAUUCCAUACAACGUUCUCAAAUUCGUUGAUAAAAUGGUGGAUGAAUCAAUGUUGCCAUCAGUAGUGAAGGAAGUAUCAAGAGAGGCUCAAACUAUAGGUUCAGAAGUUCAGCACUCUGGAUUGGUUGAAACUGCAAGAGCGUUUGCUAUGAAUGCAUACGCCAAGGUCGAGCCAUCUGCGAAAGAAGCUUACGACAAGUACAACCCAAUUGCUGAGAAAUACGCAGUUGUUACUUGGCGCCAACUGAAUAAGCUUCCAUUGUUUCCUACAGUGGCUAAGAUUAUGCUUCCUGCUGCUUCUAUGUUGGCUGACACGUAUAAUGGUGCGGUAUCUAAUGCGACUGAGAGGAAGCUCCCUGCAUCAUCUUUCUUGCCUCUUAUACCCAAGGAGAGAAUUGCUAAGGUGUUUAGUACUGAAGCAGGAAGUGAAAUGGAACCACCACUAACGAAUUAGGAUGUAGUGGUGCUGGUGAUGCUGGAAUGGCACCAUAAGUGUGUGGUUUGAUUAUGUCGUCGUACUUGGAUGUUGAAUAAUGAUAAUGUUUCCCAUGGAUAUGUCAAUGGGUAAUCAGAUGGUUAUAGUUUUAAAUAAUGAUAAUGUUUCCCAUGGAUAUGUCAAUGGGUAAUCAAAUUGUUAUAGUUUUAAGAAUUAUGAUACUAUUUCCUUCAAAAAUAAAUAACUCUGCAGAUGUAUUUGGAUUCUAUUCUUAAAUGUAAUUUGAAUCGAA